CGAGGAGCGGGCUUUGCCUGGGCGCUCGCCUCUGCAGGGAAAGUUGGCUCCUGGAGGCAGCCUUGGCCACAGCCGCUCCGGGAAGCAGCCGCCAGGAACCCUCGGCUCGCAGAAGGUGAAUGCUGAUUCCCAAGUUCUGAGCCAUGCUGGGUCCAGGAGCACGGUCAGCGAGCCCAGCCCUUUCGCCGAGAUAGCCAUGAACAGCUGCAAAUACAACGGCGGCGUCAUUCGGCCCCUCAGCAGCCUGAGCUCCUCCCGCCACAACCUCCACGACCUAGACGCCGAGACCCAGCCCCUGCAGACCUUCCACGACUCCGGCCUGGAGGUGGUGGUCUCCAAGUCUGAGCGCAGCAAGGGGUCGGACCCCCGCCUGGACGACGACCCCGAGGCCGAGGAGAGGCCACGCAGCCACAAGAAGAACCAGAACAUCGGCUACCGGCUGGGCCACCGGAGGGCGCUGUUCGAGAAGAGGAAGCGGCUGAGCGACUACGCCCUGAUCUUUGGGAUGUUUGGGAUCGUGGUCAUGGUGACGGAGACGGAGCUGUCGUGGGGGGUCUACACCAAGGAGUCUUCAUAUUCAUUCGCCCUCAAAUGCCUCAUCAGCCUGUCCACGAUGAUCCUCCUUGGGCUCAUCAUCAUGUACCACGCGAGAGAGAUCCAGCUGUUUAUGGUGGAUAACGGAGCGGACGACUGGCGCAUCGCCAUGACCUACGAGCGGAUCUUCUUCAUCACGUUGGAGCUCCUCGUCUGUGCCAUCCACCCCAUCCCGGGCCAGUACUUCUUCACGUGGACGACCCGCCUGGCGUUCACGUACGCCACCUCGGAGGCCAACACCGACGUGGACAUCAUUCUCUCCAUCCCGAUGUUCCUCCGACUCUACCUGAUCGGGCGGGUCAUGCUCCUCCACAGCAAGCUCUUCACCGAUGCCUCUUCACGGAGCAUCGGCGCCCUCAACAAGAUCAACUUCAACACCCGCUUUGUCAUGAAGACGCUCAUGACCAUCUGCCCUGGGACGGUCCUCCUGGUCUUCAGCAUCUCCUCCUGGAUUAUCGCCGCCUGGACCGUCCGCGUGUGCGAGAGAUACCACGACAAGCAAGACGUGACCAGCAAUUUCCUGGGGGCCAUGUGGCUGAUCUCCAUCACCUUCCUGUCCAUCGGCUACGGGGACAUGGUCCCGCACACUUACUGUGGGAAAGGAGUCUGCCUGCUCACUGGGAUUAUGGGUGCGGGCUGUACAGCUCUCGUGGUUGCCGUGGUUGCCCGGAAGCUUGAACUGACCAAAGCGGAAAAGCACGUCCACAACUUCAUGAUGGAUACACAGCUAUCAAAGCGGGUGAAGAAUUCUGCCGCCAAUGUACUCAGGGAAACGUGGCUGAUCUACAAGCACACCAAGCUGGUGAGGAAGAUCGACCAUGCCAAAGUACGGAAACACCAGCGUAAGUUCCUCCAAGCCAUCCAUCAGUUGAGGAGCGUGAAAAUGGAACAGAGGAAGCUCAAUGACCAAGCAAACACCCUCGUGGAUUUGUCAAAGACGCAGAAUGUCAUGUACGACAUGGUGUCAGAGCUGCAGGAGCGCAACGAGGACCUCGAAAAGCGCAUCAGCGCCCUGGAGGGGAAGAUCGACAUGCUGGGCCUGACUCUGCACGCGCUCCCCAGCCUCGUCAGCCAAGCCAUACGCCAGCAGCAGCGGGCUCUGCCCCGCACCUGCGGCACCUCCAACAGCUCCGAACGCUCCUGCUGGACUCCCACCCGCCGGCGGAAGUCUCCCUCCACUGCCCCUCACACAUCCUCGGACAGCGGGUGAUUCAGGGGGGGGGCAGGCUCACGCACCGGGGGCACCCAUGGACUCAUAUAUGGCCAUUGUGUGGCCGAUUCCCCUCUGAGCUUUUUUUCUGGAAAGCCCUGUACACAGACACCCCCCCCCCGAAGUCCGCUGAGAUGGGCCCGUGCCGCGGAAGAUUUGUCGGGCGCAGAAAACGGAUUCCGAACCCGGUUCCAAUGUAACAUUAUGCAAAGCUGGGGGUGUUUCUUUUGUUUGUUUGUAUGAGGAGAGGGUGGGAGCAGGG